AUGGAGGGAUCAGGGGUUUUCGGAUCACGGAGCCAUGAAGAUGUAUUCUCGUCGGGUUUCGGAUGGAAUUGCAACGUAGGGGCGUCACGGGCUGGCGGGUCUCGGAGCCCGGACUAUAACAGCAUGUUCAACUUCGGCGACAAGACUUUUGUGCAGAGGGGAGGAGAUAGGCCUAGGAAAGCUGCGGCGAUAGAGAAGACAUUGCCCUGCACUCUGGAGGACUUGUACAAUGGCACCACCAAAAAGAUGAAGAUUUCUAAGGAUGUUGUUGGUGCUAGUGGAAGAAAAAGCACAGUGGAGGAAGUUCUAACAAUUGAGAUCAAGCCUGGUUGGAAACGGGGCACCAAAAUCACUUUCCCAGAGAAAGGUCAUGAUGUGGAGCGAGGUGUUAUACCAGCUGACAUCAUAUUUACCAUUGAAGAGAAGCCUCAUGAUUUUUUCAAGAGGCAUGGGGACGAUCUCACUGUCACUCUGAACAUAUCCCUUGCGGAAGCUCUGACGGGUCACACGGUGCAGCUGGCAACCCUUGAUGGGAGAAAUCUGAGGGUCUUUAUCGAUUCAGUUAUCAGUAUCACCCAUGAAGAAGUGGUUAAAGGGGAAGGGAUGCCUAUCCAGAAGGGACGAGGCAGAAAGGGUAACUUGAUUCUCAAGUUUAACAUCAAGAUCCCCAAGCUUACCUCAGAGCAGAAAGCUGGCAUCAGACAGCUAUUAACAUCUUCAUAA